AUGAUAGGAAAGCAGCUUCAAAGGUUGGGAAAUAAAUUUUUUAAUAGAUCGGUUUUCUUUUCACCUAUCAAGAGGAAUUUCACAGUUCGGACUUUGAGCCAAUCCGCUCGUCACACUAGACACCGCACAUUUGCUUUGACAACUAGUGGCGUUUUGCUCUCCCUGGGUAUUUACGAAUGGAAAGUAUUAGAAAACGAUUCUAAUGUAAAAGAUGAACCUGCAUCCUCUAUAAAUGUGGAUAAAUCCGUAUCUCCUUUCCCAGCGAUACUAGCUCCUCCGGAAUAUCCGCUCACUGCUAACUACGCACUAUUGGGCUAUGGCACAAGAUCCGUAACGUUCAUCAAUUUCAAAGUCUAUGCUUUGGGUAUUUAUGUUGCUCAAGAUGAUUUGAAGUUAAUUCCUAAGAUUUUAAGCACAAACUUCCUGUCAACCGCAUUCAUUGACACUGAUAAUACCCGCAGCCACGCAGAAAACGUAGAAGCUGCUUUAAAAGAUGAUCAAAAAUCACGAGUACUAGUAAGUAAUCUAAUUGACGCAGGAGUUAGAAUGGUUGCCAAGAUCACACCCAUUAGAAAUACUGAUUUCAAUCAUUUGAAGGAAGGAUUAAUAAAGUCAAUUUUGAAACAUCCAGAUGCGAAGAAAGACCAAGAAAAACUAUCCAGGGGGUUACAGGAACUAAAGGAUGCAUUUAUAAGAAAAGGCUCUGUUCCCAAGAAUGACGAUCUAUUAUUAGAACUCCAAGCUAAUGGAAGUCUUCAAAUGUACUACUGGAGCCGCAAAAGCAAAAAAAUGAUUGAACUAGGUCGCGUGGAUGAGCCAUUCAUCGGAAAACUUCUUUUCAGUGAAUAUCUCAGCGGGCCCAAACCGUUGAGUAAGGGUACCAGGGAUACGUUUGUCUCUAAAAUCUCGAAAAUGUUUUAA